CCCCCACCCUACCCCCUUCCCGAGACCUCCCAUCUCAGGUGCUAAAAUGUGGCAGUUAAGGACCCCACAGAGAGGUAUAAAUAGGACUCUCUUCCUAUGGAGAGACACAGUGUUUUAUAGGAGCACCAAGUGACUGAGAUCCAGCCAGGCAGUCUUAGAUAGAGAGCCUGGAAGACAUCCGCACUCAAAAACGCACUAGGCCUCCCCUGUGCCCCCAUGCGGAAAGGCCCCAAGGGAGAAUUCGCCAGCUGAGCCUCAAAAACAAGCUGAGACUAAGCUGACGCCAUGGAGAAAGGGAGGUGGAGUUCUGAAGAUGCUCCCAGAGCCUCCAUGCCUGAUGAACUGUCACAUCCUAAGUUUUCGGAAUGGAAGUUUAAGCUCUUUCGGGUCAGGUCCAUGGAGAAGGCCCCUCUGCCUAAUGAAACACCGGUGGAGAAGGAAAACCAGCCUGAGGUAGCAAUAGAGGUGGCAGGCUCUCCAGGCAGUGUUAUGAAGCUCUGUUUUGGAGGGAAGAGUAAGGAAAACAUGGAGAGUGCUCGAGGGAGAGUGGACCUUAAGCUGCAGGAAAUUGAUACACACAUGAAUCUUCUCAAAUGCCUGUGUCGCCUUUGUGGCCUUUCAAUACGGAAGGCUAAAGGUCCAUCGCAUGAAGUCCAAGGAGACUUGGAAGAGUCCAGCCGGUGUGCCUUGCGUAGGAUGGGCUGCAAGUUUCUGACCUGGCCGGAAGUGAUCUUGAAGGUCUUCAAGGUGGAUGUAACAACCGAUAUGGAGACGGUGCAUCCAUCUUUUUUUUGUCACAGAUGCUGGACUGCUGCCAUGAGGGGAGGAGGUUUCUGUUCUUUCACUAGGACCCAAAUCCCAGACUGGAAGCCCCACACCUCCAACUGUGACCUCUGCUUCCCUAAGAAGAGCUCUUUUCAGCGAAUAGGAAGGAAGCGGGCUAAACCACUUAAAAGUGCACACAGCCUUCCAAAGAGAAUCAAAAGGGACUCCUCGGAAUUCUCAGGGGCCAAUAGAGUGUGGAGACAGACCACAGAGAAUACUGUGGGAUCAGGUGGGAAAGAAUGGUUAAAACUAUCAGUUCAGAGAGGACAGUGGGUAAAGAAUAUCACACAAUGCCAGAGGGACCAUCUGAGCACUAAGCUCAUCCCCACCGAAGUCCCAGCGGACUUCAUACAUGCUGUUACUUGCCAAGUAUGUGAUCAUCUGCUUUCUGACCCUGUCCAGUCACCGUGUAGACACCUGUUCUGUCGGGUCUGCAUCCUAAGAUACAGUCGUGCUUUGGGCCCAAACUGUCCCACCUGUAACCAACAUCUAAAUCCAUCCCACCUGACCAGGCCAGCCAAAUUUUUCCUUGCCACCCUCAACUCUCUCCCUCUGCUGUGCCCCAGAGAAGGAUGCAGCGACUGGGUCCGAUUGGACUCCUUUAGGGAACAUUGCCUCAGCCACUACCAUGAAAAAGAGUCUCAAGAAGAACAAACACCUUCAGACCAGAAUAUUGAUGGUUACUUGCCGGUCAACAAAGGUGGGCGUCCUCGACAGCACCUUUUGUCGCUGACCCGUCGGGCUCAAAAGCACAGGCUGAGAGACUUGAAGAACCAGGUGAAGGUUUUUGCUGAAAAGGAGGAAGGAGGGGAUGUGAAGUCAGUCUGUUUGACGCUCUUCCUUCUGGCGUUGAGAGCUGGGAAUGAACACAAACAAGCAGAUGAACUGGAAGCUAUGAUGCAAGGCAGGGGAUUUGGGCUGCAUCCUGCAGUGUGUUUGGCUAUAAGGGUAAACACCUUCCUCAGCUGCAGUCAGUACCACAAGAUGUACCGCACUGUAAAGGCCACUAGUGGUCGCCAGAUAUUCCAGCCCCUGCACACCCUACGUAAUGCUGAGAAAGAGCUUCUUCCUGGGUUCCACCAGUUUGAGUGGCAGCCAGCUUUAAAAAACGUUUCCAGCUCCUGGAAUGUGGGCAUCAUUGAUGGCCUCUCUGGUUGGACAACCUUUGUUGACGAUGUCCCUGCGGACACCAUCUCCAGAAGAUUCCGUUACGACGUGGCACUGGUUUCUGCAUUAAAAGAUUUGGAGGAGGACAUAAUGGAAGGACUGAGAGAGAGGGAGCUGGAUGACAGCCUAUGCACAUCCGGUUUUACCGUUGUGGUGAAAGAAUCAUGUGAUGGUAUGGGAGAUGUCAGUGAGAAGCAUGGAUCUGGCCCAGCGGUUCCUGAGAAGGCAGUGAGGUUUUCCUUCACAAUCAUGUCCAUCUCCAUCCGAGUUGAGGGUGAAGAUGAUGGUAUCACCAUCUUUCAGGAACAAAAGCCAAACUCUGAGCUCUCCUGCAGACCUUUGUGCCUCAUGUUUGUGGACGAGUCCGACCACGAGACCCUGACGGCCAUCUUGGGACCUGUGGUAGCAGAGCGGAAAGCCAUGACGGAAAGUCGGCUUAUUUUAUCGGUUGGUGGUCUGCUACGAUCCUUUAGGUUCUUCUUCCGGGGCACAGGCUACGAUGAGAAGAUGGUUCGCGAAAUGGAAGGCCUAGAAGCAUCAGGCUCCACUUAUGUAUGCACACUCUGCGACUCAACCCGAGCUGAAGCAUCUCAAAACAUGGUGCUACAUUCCAUCACACGUAGCCACGACGAAAAUCUUGAGCGCUAUGAGAUCUGGAGGACAAAUCCUUUCUCAGAGUCUGCUGAUGAGCUCCGUGACCGGGUCAAAGGUGUUUCCGCCAAGCCUUUCAUGGAGACCCAGCCUACUUUAGAUGCCCUGCACUGCGACAUUGGCAAUGCUACUGAAUUCUACAAGAUCUUUCAGGAUGAGAUUGGCGAAGUCUACCAGAAGAGCAAUCCGAGUCGAGAGGAACGCCGUCGUUGGCGGUCAACCCUGGACAAACAGCUAAGAAAGAAGCUGAAAUUCAAGCCUGUGAUGAGGAUGAAUGGAAACUAUGCUCGUCGGCUAAUGACACGUGAAGCUGUGGAUGUGGUCUGCGAGCUGGUUCCUUCUGAGGAACGGCGUGAGGCACUACGAAAACUGAUGGACCUCUACCUCCAGAUGAAGCCUGUGUGGCGUUCCACCUGUCCCUCCCGAGACUGCCCUGACCAACUCUGUCAAUACAGCUACAAUUCUCAGCAAUUUGCUGAUCUGCUUUCCACCACAUUUAAGUACCGCUAUGAUGGAAAAAUCACUAACUACCUCCACAAAACUCUGGCCCAUGUUCCUGAGAUUGUUGAGAGAGACGGGUCUAUUGGAGCAUGGGCCAGUGAAGGCAAUGAGUCUGGGAACAAGCUGUUCAGACGUUUUCGAAAGAUGAAUGCAAGGCAGUCUAAAAUGUUUGAACUUGAAGAUAUACUUAAACACCACUGGCUGUACACCUCCAAGUAUCUUCAGAAGUUUAUGGAGGCUCACAAGAAUUCAGCAAAAGCAAUGCAGGCCACUUUCAACCCAGAAGAGACCCCAGAUGAAGUUGAUAUGGCUCUUGAAGUCCCAGAUUUUUGAGCUUUUCUCUGAUUGACUUUCUUUAAUGGACCCUUUUUCUUGCUAAUGAAAAUAUUGUUAAGUAAUUGAUUUUAUUUCUUGAGAUGAGAUGUAAUAUCAUGUGUAAUGGCUUUAUUAUUCACUUCAUUAUUUUUUUGAAGCCAGUGCAUAAACGUGAGCUAAAUUGUUUUAUGGUAGAGAUAAAAUUGUAUGGGCAGUCUUUUUUCCUCCACAGCUUAUACAGGCAAAUUGUCUGUGUUUUAUCUCUUGCUGCUUGUGAAAUAUGAGGGAUUUUAUUGUAUUGCCAGGUUGUGACACCUUCACGAAUUCAUACAGAAGGGUUAUUUAUGAAAACGUAUGAGGGAGUUUUAAGUCACUGAAAUUGUGUUAAAAGAGCCCCACAUUUACGAUGGCUAUAUUAAUAUAUCACACAGGACAAAGACAAAAUGAAAUUAGGUAACACAAAUUGUCUCCUUUGCAGAAGGUCUAAAGAAAAAGGGGUUAUUUUAGCAGUGCAGUAUUUUGAUGGUUUUCAACUGGUCCACAAAUGACUAUGAACACCCAUAGACACUAUGCUACAGCAUUUGCACAUUUACAUACAUUUACCCUAUAAUCUACCUCGGUCUUCAAUCUUACAGGUCCAACAGGACAUUUGCACCAUGACACUCACACAAACACAUUUUCAAAUAUUCAGGAAGAAAUUAGCAUGUGUUUUACACCAUAGCAUCUAUUGACUAUUGUUAAAAUUUCUUUAUUGCUACUGUAUGUGUUACAGUUUAGAAAUGUGUGGGCUAUUCACUUAAACUUGUACCUCAAUUUAUUAAUCAUGUUUCUCUUAUUUUGUUUAAUACUACUAGAUUUAAAUCAUUGUGUUUACUGUGCUCUCUUAAACUGAGAGGAUUUUGUUGAUUCACUUUACAAAUGCAUUUUAUUUUAUUUUUCAGUUGAUUGAUUUCUUUGUGAAUUGAUUUUACUGGUUUCUUUGUGUAUUGAUGUGUUUGAUUUUUUACUUACUUUGAUACAUUAUCCAACAAUUUAAAAUGCUAAUUUGUCAUAUAACCACAAGUGACAAUUUAAAGUGUUUAAAUUGCUUUGUUAUUUUAUAUUUGAAAUAAAACACUGCAUUGCACAGUUUAUAAUUGGGAUAAAAAGUUCUGUAGACUUGCACAAAGGCACUGGUAAUGUUCUUGCCCAUCAUUAUUUUUUUCUUUCAUUUUGCAAGAGCAUUACAGUGAGUGUUGCAAUUCAUGAAUUCACACUUUGUCUUUUUUUUUUAACAGAUUGAGUAUAAAUGUUUUGUAAUAAAUUACAUUUGACUUCCUUUCCUUUUGGGAAAUAAUAAAA